CCAUAGACAGCGGACACGGAGAUGAUCCCAUUAGCGCUGGCUGCAGCGGCACAUGCUCAGUUAUGCUUGUUGAAGUGGAUCUCAGUAGGCUGUGCGUGAACACUGAGGUCAUCGCCUGCGCUGAUGAAAAAAUACUCAGCGUAGCCUCCAUUUUGAGUAGUAUGAAAUAGAGGAAAGCAUAGUUUUGAGCCGCCGCCGACGCUGCAAACAAACUGUAAACACUAGCGAAACGGCCCCUGCCAUGGACGACUUGUUCAGUCCGCGAAGGCAGCUGAACAGCACGCAAGGAGAGAUUCGAGUGGGACCAAGUCAUCAGGCCAAGCUACCUGAAUUACAGACGCCACCUGGACAUGGAACAGAGUCUGUCACAGAAAUUGAGGAGCUAGUGUGGGCACCUGGGGUCAAUGACUGUGACCUUCUCAUGUACCUACGGGCUGCCAGGAGCAUGGCAGCUUUUGCAGGGAUGUGUGAUGGAGGUUCGACGGAGGAUGGUUGUCUUGCAGCUUCACGGGAUGAUACCACAUUGAAUGCUUUAAAUACGCUUCACGAAAGCCAAUACGAUGCAGCCAAAGCCCUGCAGUGUCUGGUGAAGAAACCAGUUCCAAAACUCAUUGAGAAAUGCUGGUCAGAAGAUGAAGUGAAACGGUUUAUCAAAGGUCUUAGACAGUAUGGCAAAAACUUCUUUAAGAUCCGUAAGGAGCUACUGCCUAGUAAGAAAACGGGUGAGCUGAUCACAUUCUACUACUACUGGAAGAAAACUCCUGAAGCUGUGGCAUCACGACCUCAUCGGCAGCAGAGAAGACAGCCGGUGUCCCGCAAAGUGAAAACUCGCAACUCGACAGCUGCAGCCAAUGCAACAUCUCGCACUUCCUCCAUGGAGCUCAGUUCAGCCAGUGAAGAUGAUCUGGACAGUGAGGAUAGUGAGCAGGGCAGCAAAGCACAAGCCUGCAGUCACUGUCUAUCCACUAACUCCAAAGACUGGCAUCAUGGAGGGAGAGACAAUGUCUUGCUGUGCUCUAGUUGCCACUCUCACUUCAGCAAGCAUCGGCGCCUGCCACCUGUUCCCAAACCCGCAGAUCCGCCCUAUCUCUUCAAACCGGUCAAAGAAGAGGAAGAGGGUGUCAGACAUGGGAUGAAGACCCGUCGGAGCCGGGUUCCACCACAUAUGUCAUCUCUUCGAAGUGGGCGCAACAGACCAACCGGAAGUCCCGACAGGGCCAUAUCUCCCACCGUCGAGGAUGUGCGAUCUAAUGGACAGUCUCCCAGAGCCAGUUCCACUGCUAUGGCAACCAGGGCUUCCAGUUCUGAAAUCAAGAAUGGGGUGGCUGGGAAGACCAACAAGGUAAAGAUGAAAGUAGAGGCGACUGAGGCGUCUAUAGUUAAGGGUGUUAAAAGGCCAAGAGAUUCAGCUGCUCCAGAUGUUGAUGAACCGGAAAGGAAAAACAUGAAACGGCCUAAGAAUCAGGAUGGUCCCGAUUCUCCAUCAGAAGGUGAGGGUGAAGGCGAGAGCUCCGAUAGCCGCAGUGCCAAUGACGAUGGCAGCAGCGACACUAAAGACAUUGAUCAGGACAACCGCAGUUCCUCCCCCAGCCUGGCCAGUCCCCUGCAAGCCAACGAAAGUGACUCUGACUCCCCAGCGCCACCCCCUGCACCUGGUGCAAACCCAGAAACCCAGCCCCAGCAGCCUGCUGCGACCCCUACAACACUUGUCCCAUCUGAAACGCCAUCAUCUCCUCAGCCCUCUCUGCUUGCAUCCUCAUCCGCACCUUCACCUGGAGCUUCUACCGCCACCUCGAAGGCAACAUCCAUAGAGGUUUCUCAGGAGGUUCCAUCUCCAACCACUUUCAGAAGUGGUCCCAGGGGACCCGAAGCACCGAACUCUUAUGCAAACUCCUCGUCUCAGCAGGUGCAGUGUCCAGGGCAGGGGCAGUCAUUCCCUGUGCCGCCCCAUUAUCAGCACAAUCCAGGUCAGCUGCAGAAUCCUUCAUCUGGGGUGAAUCAGCCACCAGGGUUUGCUUCCAGACUGCUGCACCUUCAAAAAGAAAGUCCUCUUCCUCCUCUUCCUCCUACAGCAGCAACCCAAAUCAAGCCCCCUCCGACCACUCCAAUUCCACCUUCUCACAAGCAGCCUCCUCACCUUUCUGCACCUCCACCCCAUUUCCUGCAGAUCCACCCAAAUUUGCCUCCCCCUCCUGCUCUAAAACCUCUUGCUUCCUUGCCCUCACAGCACUUGCCUUGUUCCCAGCCUCCUCCACUUCAUAUAAUUCCACAAAAUCACCCUGCUCAGCCUUCCGUUCUGACUCAGUCGCAGAGCCAGCAGGUCAAAGGUCACACCAGUGGUGCUAGUUCUAUUCCAUCGCUCCCUCAAAAUCGUCCUGCUCCUGAGUCCACUGCUUCAUUCCCUCUUUACACUUCUCCCAUCCCUGGCCCUGCCCAUCAGCCCUCCACGUCUUCCUCAGCAAGCACUCCUGUUGGACAAGCUCAUAUCAAAGAGGAGCCAAUUGAUGAGGAGGAGGAGUGUGAUAGCCCGCCUCCCCCUCGCAGAAGUCCCUCUCCUGUACCGACAGUUGUUGACAUACCCAGCCAUGCAAGUCAGUCAGCAAGAUUUAUCAAACACCUCAACCGAGGCUACAACUCCUGCUCUCGCACAGACAUGUACUUCACUCCCUUGGCCUCCUCAAAACUGUCUAAAAAACGAGAGGAAGCUGCCGAAAGAUCCAGAAGAGAAGCAGAGCUGAGCGCUCGACAGGGACGUGAGAGAGAAAGAGAAAGAGAGCGGGAGAGGGAGAGGGAAAGAGAGCGGGAACGAGAAAGGGAGAGAGACUCUGAUAAAACCUCUCGGGCUUCAAGCUCAUCCCAUGAUGGCCGCAUAAGUGAGCACUUGCUUGCUGCCCAUGUGCAACCCGGCCGUCCGUCAUUCGAACCCCCUCCACCCACCACCGUGGCUGCUGUUCCUCCAUAUCUUGGCCCUGACACUCCAGCCCUCCGCACGCUCAGCGAGUACGCACGCCCCCACGUCAUGUCGCCCACCAACCGCAACCAUCCUUUCUUCAUGCAUCUUGGGCCAGGUGAGCACCUGUUAGCUUACCACAUGCCGGGGCUCUACGCAGCAGACCCAGCCCUUCGAGAGCGAGAGCUUCGUGAGCUUCGAGAGAGAGAGAUCCGUGAAAGAAUGAAGCCUGGAUUUGAGGUGAAGCCGCCGGAGCUAGAGAACCCACUUCAUCCAUCGGCAAAUCCUAUGGAGCAUUUUGCGCGCCACGGUGCCCUGCCUCUUCCUCAUGUGGCCGGGCCUCAUCCCUUUGCCCAGUUCCACCCAGCCAUGGAGCGCAACCUAGCGGCUCCUCCUCGGCCGGAAAUCAGCUACGCCGAGCGCUUGACUGCUGAACGGCUCCAUGCUGAAAGGAUGGCCUCCGUUGCAGCUGGUGACCCUGUUGCACGGCUACAGAUGCUUAAUGUUACUCCACACCACCACCAACACUCACACAUACACUCCCAUCUUCAUCUGCACCAACAGGACCCUCUCAACCAAGGACAAGGGCCUCAUCCUCUGGACCCAUUGGCUGCUGGACCUCCUCUGGCACGAUUCCCUUACCCACCUGGUGCCAUCUCCAACCCUCUACUCAGUGAGUUACCCCAUGAGCACGAAAUGCUCCGCCACCCUCUGUUUGGAGCACCAUUCAGAGAGUUACCAGGACCCUUGGCUCCGAUGUCUGCUGCGCAUCAGUUGCAGGCGAUGCAGGCACAGUCAGCAGAGCUGCAGAGGCUGGCCCUGGAGCAGCAGUGGCUACAUGGACAUGCACAUUUACAUAGUGCUCCUCUCCCCAGCCAAGAAGACUACUACAGCCGUCUGAAGAAAGAGGGAGACAAGCAGUCCUGAAAUGAACAAAUCCACUGUGGAUUACAAAGUGAUUCUGUGUUCAGGGUAUCAGGCCUUCUGUUUCAGAAAACCCAACAUGGGUUUAUCCCUGUUUUGGCACUUAUAAACAUUUGACCGACUCCUUUGUGCUGUAUGAAAUAACUAGCCUUUUGGAGCACAGUGAAUUUGCUUUCCUUGCAUGAACACUAUUUAGAAACUGUUUCUGUCAGAAAUGCAAUUCCCAUGUAAUGUCGUUAUUGUGCUAAAAGCACAGUACUGCAGAUUUACUAAGUAUUUGAGAAGUGCUGUCCAAAAUCCAGAGUUUAUCACAAUUUAGUUUCAAAGUUUAUUGAAACAUUCAUUUUAAGAUUGUAAAUAUUAUAUGUUUAAAAUAAUAUAUUAACUGGUGGAAUUUAAAAGUUGCAAUGAUAGAUUUGGAUACAAAAACUUCAGAUGACCUGUGUGCAAAAAGUGCAUGCUUUACUCUAUCCUUCCUUUUCUGACAGCCUCUUCAUCUAUACCUCAGAGUACUCAUCAAUAUAAAACCCACCCGUAGUAAACUCUACAAUACCUUAUUCUUUCAGUAAUUUAGCUUUUUACCAUUUGAUUUAAUUAUGUAAACCAAAUGCAGCCUGAGUAUUAGCAUGUUGACUGUAGUGUUGAUCUUGCCCGGUUUGGAAACAGAGCUUGUCCGGCUCUACAGAACAGUUGCUUCACUGCCAUGUUCAUACGAUGCUGCAGAAGACCCACUGCUGUGUCUGACAGACACCUGCUUGCAGUGUGUACCACCAUGCUUAAGGACACAAUCUGAUAGGGCAGGUCAGUUCCUGGAUUAUCCCUACAUGGGACAGGAAGUUAAUUUAUAGAGGGUCUAUAGUUUGCAAUAAAAUGCAUAUGGAAUAUUUAAUGGUAUCCUCACAAUCAGCUUCAGCCCUAGCAUGUGCAAUUGGCCAAUGAAACAAACGGGCUACUGUUUAGUAAGUUACAUUUUCAUAGUCAGACUGGUUGGGAAGGAGCACAGCACUCUCAGAAUAAUAUGAAAUACAUUAUAAACACAAUAAAGAAAGAAAGGUAAUAUUGUGACCGUUUAAUGCAAUACAAGUGUAUUGUUGUGCACUACUAUUAAUUGUUCAAAUAACAAUAGAAAACAUGAAAUAGAGUGCCAUUGUUUUGUAUGUGUUCAAGCGGACAUGAGUGUUAUCUGUUAACGCUGUUAUUGUGAAACUUUUUCUAAAACUGCCAAAAAGUCAUUAUUUUCUUCGAAUUAACACUAAACAUUUGUACUAGCAUUUUACAAAGUAUAUGGAUGUUAUUAAUGAGAAAUAUAUUCUCAUUUUUAGUAUCCAUGUCUUGAUGUAUAUUUGUCUUUACAUGCACAGUGUUGUCUAGUUGCAAUUACCUUAUAGUUAAAACUUCAAAACUGUAAUUUCGAUGACAAAUGCAUGAUUAUUACAAACGGUUUGGCUAAUUUUUACUUUUCAUACACUUCAGUACAUCCCUUAUCAUGUCAUAUGAACACAUAUAGUCAACUCAGAUCUUUUUUUUAUUUUUAUCAAUACAUUUUCUUUCAGUGCUAAAUUCAUUUAUAUUUUUUGUUAGCAUAUUUUAGAGGCUGUUUCAUAUACACUUGCUCUUAUCACAUUGACAUCAGUCUCUGCUAUUGUGUGAUAGAAAUAUUUGACACAUAUUUGACAGUCGUUCUUCUGGCACUUUCUGAUACCUCCAUGACUCCCAACUAUAUUUUAUGUGCGAAUUUAUACUCUUUAUUAAAUGUGUUCAGAUCUGUUUCUUCACCGAAAAACUAUGAACUUUUUUUUAAUCCUUGGCCGCAUGAUGUUUUUGCAUUUAAUAGAUACAUCUAGAGUGAUUAUCAUUUAAAAUGUUUGUUUUUAUAUAUAUAUAUAUAUAUAUAUGUACACUGCAAAAUAGUUUAAUUGUGAGUUACAUAAAUAUGUAUAGCACAGCUUGAGUCCUGAAUAUAACUGACACAAAACUUACCAGUUGUCACUUCUGGUCCAUAUCAACAUAAUAUCUAAAGCAAUAUAUGUCUUCUAACUGAACAACUGUUUGUAUGGGAAAAACUAAUGUUUCCUCCUUUGCUUUGUAUCCUUUUCUUUAACAAAAUUGUCCUUUGAUAAGUUAUUUAUUGAUUGAACACCUAUUUUGUAACAUGAAUAUAUUGAACAUUCAAAUAUUAGACUGUUAGGAAAUAUGGAAUACAACCUAAUAUGUGUAUUUACUAAAGUGUUUGGUGUGAAUUUGUGUAAAAUUAACUCUUUCCUGUACACUGGCCCCUUGUGAGAAAUCCUCAGAAAGCUCUAAUAAUACUAGAUUUUUAUGGUUCAUCCUUCUUUUAUGUAUCGCCGCAAGUACUGGAUGGCAGAUAUCGCGCUCACAUUUGCCAGAAGAGCUGAGAAAUAAUAGAGGGAAAAAGGAUCAUGUUAAUUUUGUGUGCUCAUAUUAUCUGAAUAAAUUGCCUAAUUUAAUAUGUAA